UGCCUCAGCGUGACUGAAACGAUGCUGUUCCUCUCAUCGCUCUGAACCCGCAGUGCUUCUGCUCGCGCACACCUGAAUGAGUACCUCCGAAGCACUGUGCAGCGCAUGAACAGAUCAACACGGGCUGUCCACCACUGGACCAUUCGCCUCAACUCUGCCGCUCUGUCCCGCCCACCAGGCCAGGGCGAGCGCGCGCUCAGCAUCUCGCCGCCUCACCCCAUGUCGAGUCGCCGCUCGGCUCUCCGUCGUCUCACCGCCGCCUGUCACCGUCUGCUCGCGCCCCCGUCUCACGCGUCGCCAUCCGCAGCCGCGCGGCCCGCCUUCCGCUCCCCGCUCUCGCAGCCUCCCGCGCUUCCGCACGACCCCCGCCUGGUUGCGCGCAAUCUGCGCGCAUCCGCGGUCGUACAAACAGGUUUCCUUCCGCGAGUCUCUCCGCACACGUGCAGCCUCUCCCACCACUCUGCUCCUCCUAAUUCAGCCUCCCCCGAUCACGCGCUACUUCCGCCUCCUCCACAUUCCUCCUGCGCGCUUCCGUCAGCCCCUGGGCUUCCGCCGCUCACCGGGCACCCGCUUCCGUUCCGCGGGUUUAGUGCUUCGGCGCUCAUCUCCGCGGAGUCAGAGCCCCGCAGCCGAGGCAGAGACAGCAGGGGCAGCAGAGACAGCAGGGGCAGCAGAGACAGCAGGGGCAAUCGUGAGAGCAGGGGCAGCGCAGCUGAGCAGGGUCGGGCGGAGGAAUGGCUCCGUUACAGCGGGGAGUUACCACAAGACACUCGGAGCGCUGCAAGGCGCAGCCCAUCCAGCAGGGGAGAGAACGGCGGCAAGUACGCCAAGCGCGGCACACGGCGCGGCGACAGGAGUGAGAGCAGCGAGCUCCACCACCCGAAAGCGGAGGCGACGCGGCGGUCGGUGCGGCACAAGAGGAUUCUGGAGGAGGAGGAGUCGCCGUCGUUUGAGAAGUGGCUGCAGCGGCAGGGCGCGUGGGGGCAGCGCGAGGGCGCGCGGGAGUGGCGGAGGAAGAAGGUGCGGUGGGUGGCGGUGACGUACGGCGAGAUGCGCGCCAGCCACGGCAUGCGGCUGCUGAACGCCCAGCGCGCAUGGAUGGAGAGCGAGGACGUCAGCAUGGUGGCGCGCCACCUCAUGCACAUGGACGGCUGCGGGGGCGGCGGAGGGGGAGGAGAUGGGGGAGGGGAGGGGGGAGGGGAGGGGGGUCUAGGUGCCAAUGAGGGUGGGGACGGCCUUGGGGGUGGGGAUGGACCUGGGGGUGUGGAAGAGGAGGAGAGGGACGAUACAGGCAGUGGGCGGGCGAGAGAAGGCGAGACGGGCAGAAGCAGGGGCAUGCAGCAGCAGCAGCCCCAUAAUCAAGAGCAGCAGCUGCAGCACCACGGGCACGAGUGCGCAUUGCGGGUGCUCAAGUGGGGCCACGCCAUGGGCAUCUACUCGCCCUCCACGUCCCCCCGCGAGGCCAUGCUGCUCGCGCAGCACCUGGCGCGCCGCCACCGCCUGACGGACGCGCUCACGCUCUUCCACAUGCUGGCGUCCGCCCGCCCGCCCGUGCGCCCCACGCUCUUCCAGCCGGUGGCCCAGUCAGCGCGCCUGUCGCCGCCCGUGCUGGCAGAGCCCAUGGUGGACGUGCUGGCGGCGUGCGUGCGGCACCGCCGUGCGGAGGAGGCUGCUGCCGUGUUCCGGUUCGUGCGGGGGGUGGGGCGAGGAGGGGAGAGAGGAGGGGAAGGGGGGGAUGUGAGAGGGGGAGAGGGCAAUGGCGAGGGCGGAAGUGGAGGAGAGGGGAACAGGGAGGUGGCGAUACCGCAGAAGCUGCUUGAGCAGCUGCUCGAGCUUCUGCAGCAGCAGCAGCACGGAGGGGCGUACGAGCAGGAGAGGGCGCUGGUAGAGUGGGAUUUGCGAAGCGCUGAGGAGCAAGCCAACGGCUCUUUGAAGGCUGCUUGAACGGCUGCUGCUAAGCAGCGUUGCAGUUCUGGAUAAAAAAUGUAGAUUUCCCUUGGGCUAGCAUGUUUGAAUGUAUUCCCUGAUACCGUAUUCCCCCAGAUAAAACACCCACGGGUGGCACUAAAUUUUGAUGCAAAUUUUAGUGGGGGUGUAAUUAGUGGCACUUUUUGUAUAACGCCCGGGGGCUAUGGAAUGACAAUUUUAUGUUUAUGAACUGGAA